CUUCUCAUUUCUCACCUCCCUUGAUCAGAAUAGUAAUAGCCUGUACACUUCCUGUGUAUGUAUAACACCAUGGGUCUUUGUACAGGAUAGUGUUACAUUGUCUCCAGACCCACACAAGGCCAGGGCAAUACAGUGUAUGGAGAGACUUGGACAGAUUAGGAGGAAAGAUCAGACGUCAGGGCUCUUAUGGCUCGCUUCAACACAGGAGGAGGCAGCCCCAUGGAGGGAGGGGUUCACCCUAAACUGGCAUCCCACUCCAGCCUCUCCACUAGUUCCCCUCUCUUAGCCAAGCUAGCUGCCCUGGAGAAGAGCCGAUCAGGAGGAGCCCUGACCACCACUAACUCCCCUGCAACUAAGCCUGUGUUUCAGAAGAAAUUUGAGACCGCAGCCAGAGAAGAUGUAGGAACCUUGUUCCCCAAACCCCAGUCCUUCAAAUCCAGGCCUGUGGAGACCAUCAGGGACACAGAGUCUUCAGGGCCUGAGUCCUCUUUCACAAUACCUCCUCUGAAAAGACCUGUCAACACAGCCUUUCCGGACAACAAGGUCAAACUGGCUCCGGCCUCAGGCUCAGCCAAACCUCCGUGGGUAAAGGACAGUGAGUCAGAAAACACCCCUACACUCCCUAAACUGCCCUUAGCCCUCAAACCAAAGAUCUCCAUCUCAUCACUGCAGUCCAACCUUGACCAAGAGACCCCGAAGGAACAUCCAACACCAUCCACCCCCAAAUUGUGCCCGAUCUCCAUGUCCAAAUUCCUUCCACCCCACACCCAGCAGAACUCCCUCUCUAGACAGGAAAGUGAAGCAAGCCUCCCAACUUUGAACUCUAGCAAAUGUAUGCCCCCCGAACCUCCUCUCACUCUGAAACCCAACUUCCUGACAGCGCAAGCUGGAGCGAGGGAUGAGCUGGUCCCUCAUGAAGAGAAUGAUGAUCCCUCUGCCCCUAAGAAGAAACCCCUGCCUAAUGUGUUUUCUCUGGGGGACCCUCCUCUGAAACCCAACAGGCCUCCCCAUGUUACCUUACAGAUGUUUAGGACUGAAGGUCCUGAGUUGAGCGCAGCGGGGCCUCCUCCUCCUCUUUCUCCCCACACCAGCAGUUUCCCUGCACCACUGACACCCUCCCUCCUCUCUAACUCCCCUGCAGCUAUAAUCCAGCCCAACCAGGAGGAUAGCUAUGACGACAUUGGGGUCAUGAAUCUCCCUUCACCCCUUCCCCCUGGAGGACAUCCCAACCUAAAAAUUGAGGCAGAGUUGAGUGAUGAAGAGAUGUAUGAAGACUUAGAGGAGAGAUGGAUUGAACAGGAGGCGAAAGGAUUGAAAGAAACCAACGAAGUGAAAGGGCAAGAGAAGAAGAGCGACAAAGAGGAGAAGAAACGACUAGAGCAGGAGAAGAAAAUGCAGAAAGCCAGAGAGAAGAAGGAGCAAGAGGCAAAGAAAAAGUACAAGCUCUCUGAGCCGAUUCAGGUGAUUCACAAAGCCAAGGCUCGGGUGGAAUGUAAAGGAGGAAAGACUGACCUGCCACUAACACAGGGAGAGACUAUAGAUAUCAUACGCAUCACUGACAACCCAGAGGGACGUUGGCUGGCCAGGAACAAUGAGGGAAACUAUGGCUAUGUAAGGACUGAGGCAGUAAAGGAGCAGAAGAAAGGACCCCUACCUAACCAGUCUGAGGAAAAGCCUGAGGUUUACGAUGAUGUAGGGAUCCUGGACAAUGCCUGCAGUGGGGUCAAGGUCCAACAAGCUGAAGAUGGUGAUAUCUAUGAUGAUGUGGAUGGAUCCAAUCAAAACAGAUUUCCCCCUCCACUACCUAAAGAGGGAGACGAGAUUUACGAUGACGUGGAGUCUCAGAGCUUCACUGCCCCUCCUCCUCUCAACAGUCUCCCUCAGCUGACACCUAAGGGAAAGCAGGAGGUGAUGGACCCCAAGAAGAAGAAAAAGUUUGAGAAAGAGGAAAAGGAAUUCAGGAAAAAAUUCAAGUUUGAAGGGGAGAUCCAGGUGUUAUAUGAUGUUACCAUAGAUCCUACCUUGGACAGUAAGAAAUGGGGGAAUAAAGACCUACAGUUGAAGCCAGGAGAGGUGAUCGAUGUCAUUGUGAAGCCAACAUACGGAAAACUGAUUGGCAGGAAUAGAGACGGGAAGUUUGGUUAUGUGUCCAUGGUCAAUGUUGCACAGGAUGGUGGAGAUGUUUAUGACGACAUAGGAGAAAACUGCAUUUAUGACAAUGACUGAGACUUCUGUGUCAGAAUGUACUGAGACAACCAGCACUGAAUCUGCAAUGCACACCGCAACUGGUCAUCUUUAUUUUAUCUGGUGAAAAAACAGAUGACUUAAACUGUUUAAUUGAUUGUCUUGAAAUAACUAUAGAUAAAAGUGCCUUGACUAUA